AAGUAAUUGGUGGGCGAUUUCUGCCACCUUGCAAUUUCGUACUUGAGCUACAGUUUCCUGCAAAAUAGCACAGAUUGCACGUGCCGUAUCAAAAGCUGCACUUGUUAUUCGUACUGUAACUCUUCAGCAGAGAGCAAGCAGAUACUAAAGUCAUGCUAGAGCAUUUUGAGCGGCAGUACAAUGUCAUUAAAAUAUAUCUGUCUUACUUAGGCGUGUGGCCGUACCAGAGUAAACUAUCAAGAAAUUUAAUUUCAAUUUCAUGCCUUGUGGUCCAAAUAUCUUACUAUCCAUUUCUGAUAUUAAUGUUGCACGAUUAUUGGAAGAAUUCGCAAGUUGUUUUUGAGAUUUGCUAUCAAUUUGCCGCAUUAAACUCUACAGUUGGAAAAACAUUUAACUUGAUUUGGAACCGCCAAAUGUUUAAACGUAUGUGCACCGCCAUGAAUGAUCAUUGGAAUAUAUUUACUAGCAAAUUGGAAGUUCAAACUCUCAAAGAUUAUUCUAAUAUGUCGCGAAAAUUGACAAUUUUUUAUUCUACGUGGAUAUUUUGCUUAACAAUAAUUUUUAUGAUAAUACCGUUAACAUCAGUUUUUCUCGAUAUAAUACGUCCGCUUAACGAAACACGUCCGCGAUUACUGCCAAUGACUACAAAAUUCAGAAUAGAUGAGGAGAAAUAUUACACACAGCUUUAUUGUUACAUUGUGAGUUUGAUUAUGGUUAGCAUUAUCAGUAUGGUUGCAAAUGAUACUACGUUUCUUGUCUGUACCAUUCACGCUUGUAGUUUAUUCGCAAUUAUUAGUCGGCAAUUAGAAGAGAUAAUAACAAAACUGCAUGUCAACAAAGAUACUAGGAAGAUUGAAUGCUGCAUAAAGACGAAGUUAGAAUUUGAGAAUGAACGAAUGAUAUAUCAGGAAUACAUUAUAUGCUUAAAAAAAUAUCAGCUUGCUUUAGAAUUCGUCGAUAUGUUGAAUUCAACGUAUCAAAUUAUUUCAUUAUUUUUAUUAAUGUUGUACGGAGCAAUUAUAACUUUUCUUGGAAUACAAAUCAUAAAUGUAUUAGAUCAAUUAGAAGGUGUAAUAAGAUAUAUCUUCGUAAUCAUAGCCAUAUUAAUACAACUCAUGAUCUCAUGUUAUUCUGGCCAAAAAUUAAGAGACGAAAGUCAAAAUGUAUUCUACCGAGCAUAUGCUGCGGAAUGGUACAAUUGCUCACCGAGAUUAAAAUCUUUAUUAAUUGUAACUCUUUACAGAAGUGUUGUACCCUGUGGUUUGACAGCAGGCAACAUGGUUCCGUUGUCAAUGGUGACUUAUGGUUUGGUUGUACGGACGGCCUUAUCUUAUUUCAUGACGUUCUUAUCAUUCAAUGAAGCUAUUUCUUAAUUACUAAGUUACUACGUUAUAUUAAUUAGUAUAUUUUAUAAAACUGUCUUAUUAGAUGCUAGUGAUUUGUAUUACUGUUCGUAUUUACCGUGAAAUUAACCAGCGUUAAUCGACAUUAUUAAACACAAAAAUCAUCUUAAAGUCAACCGCACUUGCGUAAAACAGUCGAAUUUCACACUACAAAUUUCAAAUGCAAAGAAAGCAAAUAAUCAAUCAAAUAUUUUUAUGAACAUAAUGUGCAGACACAGAGUUUCAUCUAACUACUCGAUUAAUUUUGUUUCUGAUCGACGGACAACAUUUGAUCUGGGUAAAUUCCUUUGGUAUCUCUUUCGUGCGUUGAGAAAAGUUUAAUGGAAUUACUUCGUACAGAAACGUGCAAACGUGCUGGCAUUCUGAUUACAUUUUCGUUUACAAUUUUCUCCUAUUUUUUCGAAUUGCGGUGAUGUACGGAAAUACUCUUACAGUUUUACGCAGAAUACGGGCGGACACGUGCAUCUCCUAAAAACAUGAGAAGCGGAAGGAUUUGAAUAACAAAUUAGGCGGAACAUUUUUAAAAACUUGUAGAACUGUCGCUCGUCCGGCAUUAGGAGAAUGUUUGAUGAUGAUGUUGCAAAACAAUUUCAAAAUCCAAGAGAGAAACAUAUUCAUAAAAGUGAAACUCUUCGGCAGCAGCGAAUCUUGUCCGCGCCGUAUAUUGGUCAAUGGGGCAUCGAUAUAUUCGCAGCAAGUCGGCGCAUGACAUUCCUUGAGAACGUACCGAGCGAAAUGACUCAACUGAUUUGUCGUCUAUUUUUCCCGACUGUCAUUCUGCCAUAUUCCUUCCAGUUUGUGUCACAUUGAAACAUUGGAUCGCGAAUCUUCCUGAAGAAGAAUGGGAGUGGCAUUUCACCGCUCGUCUGCCACCACGCGCAGUAUAAAAGCAACCUCCGUCGCUGCGCGCUUAGUUUCGUUUCGGACUGGUCGAGUGUGAAACUACACCUUCA